AUGACAGCCAACAUGGGAAAUUUCUCAGCCAUGCUACGAAGUAGUGAAGACUGGGAAGCAUUUUGGUUUGCAUUGGAAGGAAUGGCUGGAUCGAGCGAGAAUUCCGUCUUCAAGUUUGUUGAUGUGUACGAUAAAGCUAAUUUGCUGAGUGCCCCAGAACUCCCAAAGAUACCCGAGGCACCUGAGUUACCACGACGCCCCGUGGUUACGGAGUCAGUGAACGAUUCUCAAGCAAAUCAGCUACACACAUUAUUGCUUACGGAACAUCGAUAUCGACACGCUGCAUAUGUUGAUGAAAAAACAAGAGUUUCGAAACAAUGGGAGAGAUAUGAUGCACUUAGCGGAUGGGUUCGGCAACAUGUUCAUCCCGAUAACUAUGUUUACAUGAGGAAUGAGAAAACUCUGUUCAGACAACUUCUGGCAUUAAAAAGCCAAUUUGCACCCACUGAUCGUGCAAGAGAGUUGCUAAUUACCCGAACUUAUAACGAAGCUAGGACAUAUCGGGACAAUCAGCCCGUGAUAAGGUGGCUAGAAGCAUAUCAGCAAGCGUAUGAAAAAGCUAGGGAGAUCAAUAUACCAGAGACAACUGGAUAUCAAGCUCAUUAUGAUUUUAUAUAUGCCAUCAAAGUCAUUGACGGAGAAUACUCUAAAUAUCUUUCGAUACAACUUGAAAAGAAAAGGAAAAAAGAUAAAGUUCCUUCUUUGGCUGAAAUAAUCGAGGAUUUUCGGAACCAUCAAAGACAAGAGGAGGCAUCGAUGGAAUUCGAACGGGACACACGUCAGGAAAUUCAGGGUCAAGGAAGGUUGGUAGCAGCAAAUUUCAAAGACACCGGAACUGAAAGUGAGAAUAAAACAAACUUUGAUGACAAGAAGUGUUUGUGUGGAAGUACACAUGCUUGGGCUAAAUGUUUUUAUCUCAACCCAUCAUUGAGAACGAGUACAUGGAAGGGAAAGAGAGAUGUGUUUGAUAAAAUAAACAAACAACUAAAGCACCCUAAAUUAAGAUGGGUCAAAAAGAAGUAUGGAUAUGACAAUAUCAACGGAGAAAACAUGACUGAUACUGGAAAAGCUUGCGAUUCAGCAUCAAAAUCUUUCGGAGCUGACACAAGCAGACCAUCUUUUCAAAAGGCGGCAGCUAUUUUGACUAGACAACAGUUGGUUUCUUCAAUUGAUGAGAAAUCAGCGACAAAAGAAAAAGAUAAAGUGCGGUACGCAUUUUCAAAUGGUAUCAAUGAAGAGCAACCGGCAGACGACAGUUUUCAUUUAUUUAAAAAGUGGAUAAUCGACAAUGGAGCCGACACUCAUGUCACCAACUCGGAUAUUGAUUUAGAGGAAACGCGAAUUGCUAACGCAGGAGAGCUCUUAUACGCUGGAAGAGGCGCGUAUCCUAUAAAGAGUUAUGGAAAUGUUAGAUUGCAAUUGAAGUCCAAUAUCGCAGGCGAAUAUUUGUUGCUGAAGGAGGUCGCAUAUGUACCGGGAUUUAUGACCAAUUGUGUUUCGCUUGAUAGGUUAACCAAGGCAGAUAUCCACUGGAGCAGUAAAAAUCCAUCUAUACUAGAGAGGGAUGGUGAUCCGACGCCAUUCUGCCAUCUUUACCAAAUGGGAUCACAUUGGGUCUUCGAGGAACCGUAUCCAAACUCUGCACUGGUUAGCAACACGAAAAGGACCAGUGUGAAAAAACGCACUAACAGGAUAACCGCAGCCAAGGCGCACAUGAUAAUGGGGCACGCUGGCCAUGAUACAAUAAGCAGACUUCAAGAAAAUUGCGAAGGGAUUGAAAUUGACUUUGCAACGCCGUGUCCACGGGUGGCAGAAUGCACGACUUGUGCAUGUGCGAAGGCGCAUGAGAUCGUAUCACGACGAUCAGAUGUUGAGUUUCCGUCACCCUCAGGUGCCAAUUUUUACCGCACGAACCAGGAUAUUAUACCAUUCGAACCAAGCUAUAAUGGACACAACUAUGCCACCCAUACACAAUGCGACACAUCAAGAUAUGCCAUACUGGAUACCCAUAAAGGUAAAGCGGCAGCCUGCCAAACAAGUAUUAAUCAUAUUAAGAGGGCAGAAAAUCAGUUUGACGUGCGCGUAAGAAUAGUUAAAACGGAUGGCGAGGCCGUCUUUAACAGUAAGGAAUGGGUAGAGUUCGCUGCUGGUAAAGGAAUCGUGCGAGAAAUGACAGCACCGGACACUUCAGAACAAAAUGGAAAGUCUGAGGCCGCAGGAAAGUGGAUAGUGGUGAUCAGUCGGUCCAUGUUGCUAGCAUCUGGGCUGCCGAAUUCUAUUUUUUCGGAAGCGUUGAAAUGUGGCACAUAUAUAUAUAAUCGACUACCUCGAAAAUUUCUUGCUUGGAAGUCUCCGUUCGAGUUGGUCACUGGGCGGAAACCAGAUCUCAGUCAUAUGCAUCCUUUCGGCUGUAGAGUGUAUGUGUUCCAGCAUAACAUACCUCGACUAAAAAAGAUGCAACCUAGGGCUUUAAUCGGAUACUUGGUUGGCUAUGACUCGAGAAAUAUUUAUCGAGUAUGGAUGCCAAGCAAAGAAAAAGUGAUCCGGACGCGGGACGUUGUGUUCAACGACGAUCUAUUUUAUAAUCCUAGCGAGAUGGAAAUUGGAGUGCUUGAGGACGAUGAGACGGUUGAUUUUCUGAGAAGACUAGAGUUGCCAUGGAAUAGUGGUAUUGGAGGCGACGAAAGCCUUUAUGAGUCUGAACUGGUACUUGAGACUGAAGAUACUGAGUUGGGGUUGGAUACUAAUUCUGAAGAUGAACACGAAACAGAAAAAAAAAAUGGUGGGCUGUAUGCCUCAGGCCACAACAAUUCUUACAUUGUGUUACCGACACCCUCCCCUUCGCCACCGAGAGAGGAAGCAUACAUCGAGAAAGGAAAGCAUCAGGUUUCGAUUGAAGAUCCUUUUAGAAAACUAAAUCCUGUUCAAAAUUCACUUCCCAAAGCAUGUUCGGAAACACAGAACCAACCACAGAUUCCUACAGUGGGUCUGGGGGUGGGAAGUUUCGAGGUAGACAGUAGCAACAUACUCGAAGGAAAGAGACAGCGAAAGAAAAGAAUAGUUCAAUGUUUGGUUAGAAACAAUCAAAAUCCUUCGUUCCAUAUGGCAUUCGCGGCAUCUAGGAGUAUGGUUAAGUCUGUGGGAUUGCAUGUUUCUGAGCUACCCCCACCACCUCGAAACUAUAAGGAAAUGCUUAAGCAUGAAUACAUGGCUGGAUUUAGGGCUGCACAAUUGAAAGAGCUAGAAAAGCUAAUUGAGAUGGAGGCUGUGCAGUUUGUACGAAAAAGUGAGCUAGGUGAUUGUCGAGUGGAACAAGUUAAUGCACCAUUACCCUUAAUGUGGGUAUUUACCUAUAAAUUAGAUCCUGACGGAUAUUUAAUUUCGUUUAAGGCUCGAAUAGUUGCCAGAGGGGAUCUACAAACGACAGAAGAAGAUACUUACGCAGCUACAGCAACAGCAUAUGCGACUCGAGCAAUUGCAUCAAUUAUAGGAGCUCAUGGAUUGAGAGCCCUUCAAUAUGACGCAAUUAAUGCUUAUGGUAACUCAAGGAAGGAAAUACCAUUAUAUACAAAGUGUCCACCAGGAUUUGAACACCGUGGAGAUGGCCUUUUGGUUUUCUUCGGCAUGUAUGGAUUAAAACCUUCGGCACUCGAUUGGUAUAAAACAUACAAGAGUGCAGCACUCGAGAUAGGGCUGUCAAUCGUGCCCGGCUCCCCGAGUAUAUUUCAAAAUAGCUGGCUAAUCAUGAUUGUAUAUGUAGAUGACAUAUUGAUAGCAUAUCACCCCAGGCAUGAUGAUAAAUUCAGAGCUUUUGAAACUAAAUUUUUGCAGAUGUUUGAAUUUAGGAAGCUUGGAAACGUUGAAAAUUUCAUCGGAGUACGUUUUGAGAGGGAUGAAGCUGAAAAGAAACUGUGGCUGGUACAGGAUUCAUUUAUUUCCAAGCUUGAAGAGAAAUUUAAAAUCAACAUACAUGCAAAACAUAGAACACCACUACCAUCUAAUCCACUACAACCAUAUGAUGGUAUAGCCUCACCCUCACAAAUACACCAAUAUCAACAGAAGGCUGGGAGUGUGAACUGGCUCGCGGUGCUCACACGGCCUGAUAUUUCUUGGAGCGUUUCGGAACUGAGCAAGUACUUGCAAAACCCUGGACCGCAGCAUCUUGACGCAGUUAAUCACUUGCUGGAAUACUUAUCGGGAACAAAAUAUUUAGCACUUGAAUAUGAUGGUAAUACUCCACCAAACCUCUGCAUGGGAUAUUCUGACGCUUCUUUUGCCGAUGAAAUCCCAUCACGACAUAGCUCACACGGAUAUGCGUUCUCAUUAUACGGAGGAUUGAUAACUUGGAAAGCGCAAAAACAGCGAACAGUUACAACUUCAACUACAGAAUCAGAACUUUUGGCAUUGUCCCAAGCUGGUAGAGAGGUUAUAUGGUGGGAGCGUUUUUUCAAGGAUAUAGGGUUCGCUCUGGACGAAGAAAUUACCCUUUAUUGUGAUAAUCGACAAGCUUUACGUGUGGUAACGAGUGAAGUUUCUAAACUGGAUACAAAGCUACGGCACGUUGAUAUUCAUCAGAUGUGGUUACGACAAGAAGUCCAGAAUGGCCGGAUUAAAGUGGAGUGGAUUGGAACUGAUCGCAUGAUAGCUGAUGGUUUUACCAAAGCACUCAGCCAUUCGAAGCACGCCCGCUUUGUCGAAAUGAUUGGAUUACGGGAAAUCAGCACUCGACUAACACAUAAGAGCGCUUAA